GUUGAUAUUAUUUUAAUUCUAUUUUUGUUUUAAUUUUGUAUGUUCCAUACAAAUUUAAUAUUUUUUGAUUUUUUACUGGAGAAUGUAUCGAUAUGCAGGGUUAUUCUAUUGACCCCGAACAUAAUGAGAUGAAGAUAAAAGAAGAUUAUCCUAUUUUGAAAUCUUUUCUCGCGGGAUCAUUAUCUGGAACAUUUUCAACUAUUUUAUUUCAACCAUUAGAUCUUAUUAAAACCAGACUUCAAAGCAAAGUAAAUCUUCAUCUUGAUACUCCAAAAACUAAUACUUUAGGUACAGUAAUUCAUAUCAUUAAAAAUGAAAAUAUACUUGGACUUUGGAAAGGUAUAACUCCGUCCAUUACAAGAGUUGUACCUGGUGUUGGAUUAUAUUUUUCAUCAUUACAUUGGUUAAAGCAUACAUUGCAUGUAAAAGAUCCACUCACACCUACAGAAGCACUGUUAUUAGGCAUUACUGCAAGAUCUAUGUCUGGAGCUUUAUUAAUUCCAAUAACAGUAGUAAAAACACGUUUUGAAAGUGAAAUUUAUAAAUAUAACAGUGUAGGAGAAGCAUUGAAAAUAAUUUACAAGCAGGAAGGAAUAAGAGGUCUUUCGAGUGGAUUAGUACCAACAUUACUAAGAGAUGCUCCUUACAGCGGCCUUUAUCUCACGUUUUAUACACAAUUAAAAAAUAUUGUUAUAGAAGCAGAUUUGUCCUAUGUCAAAUCAUCUGCUCCAAUUCAUUUCAGUUGUGGAAUAUUAGCAGGAAUAUUUGCUUCUACUGUAACACAACCUGCUGAUGUAAUCAAGACAAAAAUGCAAUUAUAUCCUAAUGAAUUUAAAAAUGUUCGUAACGCAGUUUUUAGGAUUUACAAGAAAUAUGGUAUGUUAGGAUACUUUAAAGGCAUUGUUCCACGAAUAUUGAGAAGGACAUUAAUGACUGCAAUGGCUUGGACCGUAUAUGAAGAGGUUACAAAAUUUAUGGGACUUAAGUAAAAUUUUUUCUAUUUAAUGAUAUAAUUUUUUGAUUCGUUGACAUAAAAUUUAAAAAAAUGAAAUAAUUUACGCAUGAUAAAAUCAGUCAUUCAGCCAAUACGAAUAUUUACACUUGAUAUACAGUAUUUUAGUUUUAUACAAAGAUAAUUUGAUUAUAGCAAAUCAUUGUAUCAUAGCAAAUAUUACUACUAUGUACAGUAUUCAGAUAGAAUAUCCUAUCGCUCAAUAAUAUAUUGUUCAUGUAUAUAUUUAUUUAAUAAAUUUUAUAAUUUAAUGUUAAAAAUUGUACAGUAUCUAUUAU